AUGGGCAACUGCAAGAGUUCAUCUCGUGCACUCCUAGGAAAGGCCCAUGUUGAUCCGGACUCAGAAUGGAGGAUGCAGGACUUUGGAAAGACCCAUGUUCCAGAUUUAGAAUGGAGGAUUAAUGACUUCUCAUCGCUGCUUGAGACAGGAGCUAAGUCAGCAACAUCUGACACUUUUCACUGCUCUGGGUAUAACUGGCACCUGGAAGUGUCCCCCGCAAAAAAAAAAAGGCACCUGGAAGUGAAACCAAUGCAUAAAAAAGCUGGUUCAUCAACGCCAUAUGUUGCUCUUCGUCUUGUGGCAUUCCGACCAAGCUUGGUGCCAGGUCACAUGGUGCAUGCGGUGUUUGAGUUGUCAAUAUACAACCAUUCAAGACGAAUGUACUGCGGAUGCAAAGCUAGCUACAACUUUGGUUUCAAGAAUAUCUUCUCGAAGGAGCAUUGCUUGAUUCCUCUUCAGGAGCUACUGAAAUCAUCUGCUUUUCUAGUUGAUGAUAGCUGUGUCUUCGGUGUGGAGAUAUUAAAAAUUGAUGUCUCUUCUCCUGAAAAGAAGGCUGUUGUGGUUCAGAAGAAGCCUACGACAGUUCAGAACCUCUUUGUUCAGAAGAAGGGGUUCGUCAAAGGGACAUACACUUGGAACAUGAACAAUUUCCUUGAACUGGACUUGGAUCACUUUGUCCGUUCCCCUACAUUUGAAGUUGGUGGGCAUAAAUGGUACGUCCGCAUGUAUCCGCGUGGUGACAAGUACAGCACUGAUUGCCUCAGCUUGUACUUAUACCUGGAUGUCUCGGAUGAGCUCCAUCUCAAGUCCAAGAAGGUGGUUGUAAUGACUCUGUCCAUCCUGGACCAAAAGAACGGGAAACACUUGACUGGAACUUCAGGUCUCCUGGUGUUUACAAGUGGACGCAGCUGGGGAUGGGCUAAUUUCCUUGGACUCAAGAAACUCAAGGACCCGUCGGAAGGCUAUGUAGUAGGAUCGAGCUGCGUUGUGAAGGCGGAUCUCACUAUCGUUGGUUCAUCCAAUGAUUGUUAG